UCCUGUUCCCCGGAAAUGCACCGUAGGAGCGGAAGCGCCCGCCUACAGUUGCCGGCAGCAGUUCCGCGAUGGUGGGCGGCGGCGGAAUGGGGGGCGGCCUCCUGGAGAACGCUAACCCCCUCAUCUACGAGCGCUCUGGGGAGCGGCCAGUGACCGCGGGCGAGGAGGACGAGCAGGUUCCAGACAGCAUCGACGCGCGCGAGAUCUUCGAUCUGAUUCGCUCCAUCAAUGACCCGGAGCAUCCACUGACGCUAGAAGAAUUGAACGUAGUAGAGCAAGUCCGGGUUCAGGUGAGCGACCCCGAGAGCACAGUGGCUGUGGCCUUCACACCCACCAUUCCGCACUGCAGUAUGGCCACACUUAUUGGCCUGUCCAUCAAAGUCAAGCUUCUGCGAUCCCUUCCCCAGCGUUUCAAGCUGGACGUGCACAUUACACCAGGGACCCAUGCCUCGGAGCAUGCAGUGAACAAGCAGCUUGCGGAUAAAGAGCGGGUGGCAGCCGCCCUAGAGAACACCCACCUGCUGGAGGUUGUGAACCAGUGCCUAUCAGCCCGCUCCUGAGCCUGAAUUUUUGCUCCCAGCCCCACGCAGGGCUCAUGGCCUUGUUUUAUUGAACCACUGACAAUAAGAAACUAACAUUUUGCAUUUUGUAAUAAACCCUUAAUUUAUAUUCA